GCGGGCGGAACGCACUGUGGAGAGGCUGUGGAGCGCCGGGCCUGGCGGGCGCGAGGAGCGGCGGCUGAGAUAAAAGAAUGGCAAAUUCCUUUGCAUCAAAGACCUUCACCGCACUUUCAGAUCUGCAUCCAAAUUUGGCUAAUCUGAAAAUAAUUGGUAUAGUUAUUGGGAAAACAGAUGUCAGAGGCUUUCCAGACAGAAAAAAUAUUGGAUCAGAGAGGUACACUUUCAGUUUUACCAUUCGGGACUCACCAACCCAUUUUGUAAAUGCAACGUCCUGGGGCAGCGAAGGUUACAUCAGGUCGCUUUCUGACAGCUUUAGGGUUGGCGAGUGCGUGAUAAUUGAAAAUCCCCUGAUUCAAAGAAAGGAAUUAGAAAGAGAAGAAAAAUUCAGCCCUGCAACUCCUGGCAACUAUAAACUAUUGCUCAGUGAGAAUCACUCCACGGUAAAAAUUUGUUCCAGUUACCAAGUGGACACCAAGCUCCUUGCUUUGAUAUACUUACCUGUUAAAGAGUCUCGUGAUUUUUAUUCAUUGGGUGACAUUGUUGCAAAUGGAUGCAGUCUGGAUGGGAGGAUUAUUAACGUGCUUGCGGCGGUGAGGUCGGUUGGAGAGCCAAAAUGCUUUACAACUUCAGACCGGAGAAAAGGCCAGAGGUGUGAGGUGAAGCUCUAUGAUGAGACAGAGUCUUCUUUUGCAAUGAUAUGUUGGGAUAAUGAAUCUAUCCUGGUUGCACAGAGCUGGGUGCCACGAGACACAGUAAUAUUUGCCUCAGACGUAAAAAUAAGUUUUGACAAAUUUCGGAACUGCAUGACAGCAACUGUAAUCUCAAAAACCAUUAUUACGACUAAUCCAGAUACCCCAGAAGCUAACAUCCUAUUGAAUUUUAUAAGAGAAAAUAAAGAAACAAAUCCUCUGGAUGAUGAGAUUGACAGUUACUUGAAAGAAUCUGUAAAUUUAAAUACAAUAGUUGAUGUCUAUACAGUUGAGCAAUUAAAGGUAAAAGCUUCGAAGAACGAAGGGAAGGCUGACCCUUUCUACGGCAUUCUUUAUGCUUAUAUUUCUACGCUGAACAUUGAUGAUGACAGCACAAUAGUAGUUCGACAUCGAUGCUCCGGCUGUGGUUACCUUGUAAAGGAAGCAUCCAGCACUUGUACUGCUUGCAACAAAGAUUCUUUGGAAUUUAAAUCUGUUUUUCUCAGCUUCCACUUGCUAAUUGACCUCACUGACCACACAGGUACCCUCCAUGCCUGCAGUCUUACAGGAGGGGUUGCUGAGGAGACUUUAGGCUGCACGGUAAAUGAGUUUCUUGCAAUGACGGAUGAACAGAAAACAGCACUGAAGUGGCAAUUUCUUCUGGAAAGAAGCAAAAUUUAUUUAAAAUUUUUUUUAUCACACAGAGCAAGGGGUGGAUUGAGAAUUAGUGUGCUCUCAUGUAAGCUCGCAGACCCUAUUGAGGCAAGUAGGAAUUUGUCUGGACAAGGAAAUAUUUAAAACAAGAUACUUUAAACUCUGGACAAGAAUAUGAGUUUCAACUCUCUUGAAAGUGGAAAAUGAGUUUGAAAAUUAUGGAUAAAAUUGUAUUUUCAAAGGUGGUAAAAAUGUUUCUAUAAAUUGUUAUUAUGUUUCCUUCUGGAGUUGGUUAGGGGGUAAGUCUUAAAAUCUCUCAUUCACCCCAGCUCCUUUCUUAGAUGGCUUUUUCUACUGACUUUGCCCUCUCUCCCCAAGUUGGGAAAUGUUUGCGUGAAUUAAUAAACAAAUUUAAUCU